UGGUAAAUGCUUUCUCAGCGCCCAGUCAUUCUAAAAAACUUAUUGAAAUCUUUACUCUGAAUUUUUUUUAAAUGUAUGGUUUUCUAAAGUCUAUCUGAAACUAUAAAUAAUUUCUAAUAAAUUAAUGUGAAGUUUGCCUAAACGCGCCAUGAUAAAACAACGUUGUUAAUUAAAAAGUGGUGAUUCAUUUGUGACAGAGUGAUACGAGUAAGAAAACAAAUUGGGUCAUUCUUCAUUCCAAAAUAACAAUGUAUUCGAUUUUGUGUGCAAUUGUUUUUAGUUUAGUGGUUAUCCUUGGACCAGAAAAUGCAUUUUCAAGUAUGACACCUUCACUUCUUGAAUGCUAUAACACCACUUACAUUUUAACCCGAGAUAAUAGAUUGCCUCAUAAUACGAUUAGUCUGAUUGAAAUUAUACGAAAAAUUGAAAAUACGGAGGGUCUUGAUAUGGACCUAAGAGUGUUGUCUGUCGCACUUUUACACAGGUUUAGACAAGACGGCAUUGUAUUUGAUCCACUGGCCAUACCCGGAAAUGGAAUUUUUCCUUAUGCGCCAGAUGGUUACAAAGUUAAACGAUUCAAGCAAAUUCUGGGUACCAUACCGGGAAAUGCUCACAGAUUUCCCAAUGAUAGUAUUUCUAUCAUUGAAAGAUGCUCUUUACAUUUUAUGUUAUCGAGUACCAUAGAACAAUAUAGACGAGAUGGCGAAGAUUCAAUUUGUAAUAGAGGAUUAGAUAACGCAUAUCGACUUCCAAGAAGCAUUAGUGGCGGCUUGAAUGAAGAUGUUGAAAUACUUUCCGCUCAGCAAAUAGAGAAACUAUCAAGCAGCAAGCAAAGAGAAGCAGAAAGUGAAGUCGAUCCUAAUUCCUUUUAUCCGGAACUUCCACCGAACCAUCCUGCCCGUGCAAAUUUGGAAAAUGUACCUCUCAGCAAUUGUCCUGUUGAAUCAGGAGUCAUCAAAACCAGAUGGGGAUCUGUUGCAGCAGGAACGGUUCUUGCAGCAAUAGCAGCUGCAAUGGAACCACAAUCUAUUGAAAUCGGUAAUCUUUUGACGGGCAAGAAUAUAAAUAGAGCUUUCUAUGAAAAUUCUGCAAGGCUGAACAACAAGUGGUUUGCUACAUUAGCUGGGGAUUUGGCGGAAGUGGCAUUGUUGCAAUUACCUUACAAACAACCUAACGAACGUUUUGUAAUUGGCGUGGAUGGAAAAUGGAACUCGACGAACUUGCCGAAAUGGUACUUCCUUAGUGCAAAAGACAAACUUGAAUUAACUCAAGCAGAAUUACGAGCCGGCAUUGAUGGUUUAAUUAUUGCACACGAACUUCGUUCAUGGUACGAAAUGACCAAUGGUUAUUUACGUCUCUCCCAAAUUCUGGACAUGUACUACAGUCCUCGAGGAGUAUUUAGUUCGUCAAAUCGAGCUUGCAAUCGCAGGGAUCUUUUCACAAAAGUCUCACCAACACAAACUUUGGAAGAACAGACCAUCAUAGCGAGUAAAGUUUUACAGGACAUAGGGAAAGGAUCAUAUGAUGAUAUUACCAUACUAGAGAAAAGUUGCAAAGAAGCUGCUGAUCAAGUGAUGCCUCACUUGGCUUCUGAGUUGAAUGACGAUCUUUCGUGUGCGGACACAGAUCGUUAUAAUGAUUUUAGUAGACCAUUCGUCGACCUCACGAUCGUUCUUGACACAACAUGGCCAUUCAAGAAUAUAAAACCAAUUCUCGCAAAAAUUCUCGAAGGUAUUGAAGUGGGCAAAUUCAAUAGUAAUUUCACCCUAAUCAGUGCUCGAAACGGAGAAGUGAUGAUAAACACAACUAAUACUAUAUUGGAUUGGUAUAACUUUACUGCAUCUGAAUACGAAAAAUUCCUUGUUGGAUUCAAUAUGCCAAAAACUAUCGAGGAUGUGAAAAAUAGGCUUGCGAGACAAUUAGACGAAGAACAGAAAUGGAGAAUUGGUGGAAGCAAUGCAAAUGUACUUUUGUACAUUCCAUAUUCGGGUUCGAUAUCAGAAGCUGAUAAAGACUUCUGUAUGGAACAUAUCAAGCAAAUGAAGGAGGAAAUUCCAGAUACUUCGAUCCUCUUUUUGACAUACGGAUCUAAGGAUCGAUGGACAAGUUUGGUAGAAAACUCUAAUACUGAUUUAUUUGCGAUUGGAAUCGGAGAGUCAAACAGCGUACUCUAUCCUCUUGAUUCCUUAAUCCCAAGAAUAAAACAAGUUCCUAAGCGUCUUAUAAAUUCACAAUGUGGAUCCAAAUACGAGUCCCAGGGAUCUGUGGAAUCUUUCACUGAUUUUGUGGAACCAAAUGGGGUCAACUUUUAUAGAAUUCAUCCUAACUAUUUUUUCAAUUCUGAUUCUACUUCCAGGAUAAAUAUUCAAGGAAGCGGAACUCAGUUGACAAUUUGCUCCUCUCGAGAAUUGUUACACGUAAAUAGAUCUCAAUCUGUUGGUUCUGAAUCCUGUAAAAUUAUAACGAGCGACACAUACAGAAUUGAUCUUUCAUGUGGUGACGCCAGUUAUAUUCAUCAAUGUCAGCCCUAUUACUUUUCUAUUAGGGCUAAUUCUUCUUCAACGCCAAUGUAUACUUGCACAGACAUGAACUUGUGUAGAUUCCCAGAUCAGAUCCGAUUCAAGAUAUCUUACGAAAACCUAGUUUGUAGAAGUGGAGCCAGUUCUAUCACAGCAAUGCCACUUAUCAUCAUA